UAGUCAGCACAAAACUUUAUUUAUUAGAAUCGAAACAAUAUCGAACUGACGGAGACUUAAAAUCAAACAAAAAUGUUUUCCCGAGUCUUAAGACCCUGUUUAUAUUUACGGAGGAGCAUUGCCACUUCGACUGGUUUGCGUUACAAGGAUCCCAUUUAUCCUAUUUUUUUGGACAAGGUUCGUGAGUACAAACUUAAGAGUCCUACUGGAAAGCCCGUAGAUGUUGGUCCGGAAUACGAGGCGGAACUUAAAGAAACCAUCGAUCGCCUGGCUCUUAAGUAUGGAGGCGGUGAGGGCAUCGAUAUGCUCCAGUUUCCCAAAUUUGUGUUGCCUGAUAUAGAUAUUGAUCCCACUUCGAUUUGUGAGUUACCCGAAUAUAAACAAAUGGUAGAGCAAAAGAAAGCUUCUGAGGCCGCGAAAAAAAUGGACCCUAAAUCAAAAGGCAAGGAUAAUGAUGUGAAGGGUAAAGAUGAAAAGAAAAAAGGUGGUGAUAAAGAGGUAAAAGCCGGAGAUGACAAAAAGGGAAAAGAUGUCAAGAAAGCUGAAGAAGCCAAGGGCAAGGAUGAAAAGGACAAGAAAAAAUAGCCAAUUGUACAAUUUUUACAAAUUUUAGAUAAAUAUUAAUAAAGUUUCUAUGAAGUUGCAAUAAAA